AGCGGGACGGCGCGCUGCAGGCGCGCGCUGGGCAGCCGCUGGGUGCACCGGGCGGCGAACGCGCUCGCACCAACCUGCGCGCCGCGCAGGCAGAGCAGCAGCUCGAGCGCCGCAGUCCGCACCAUGCCCCGUACGCCGCUCCUGCGGCUGCUGCUGGCGCUCUCCGCCGCCGCGGCGGGGGCCGGCGCGCCCGGGCCGGCGCUGCCCCCCAUCACGGGGGACGCCACCCUGGCCGUAGUCUUCGACGUCACCGGCUCCAUGUGGGACGACCUGAUGCAGGUGAUCGACGGCGCCUCGCGCAUCCUGGAGCGCAGCCUGAGCCACCGCAGCCAGGUCAUCGCCAACUACGCGCUGGUGCCCUUCCACGACCCAGAUAUUGGCCCAGUGACCCUCACGUCGGACCCUGCCGUGUUUCAGAGGGAGCUGAGAGAGCUCUACGUGCAGGGAGGCGGUGACUGCCCAGAGAUGAGUAUAGGGGCCAUCAAAGCUGCUGUGGAGGUCUCCAACCCCGGCUCCUUCAUCUACGUCUUCUCAGACGCGCGUGCCAAGGACUACCACCUGAAGGAGGAGGUGCUGCGGCUCCUGCAGCUUAAACAGGCACAGGUGGUUUUCGUGCUGACGGGGGACUGUGACGACCGCACUCAUCCCGGCUACCUGGCCUAUGAGGAGAUUGCUGCCACCAGCUCGGGGCAGAUUUUCCACCUGGACAAGCAGCAGGUGACUGAGGUGCUGAACUGGGUGGAGUCAGCAAUCCAGGCCUCUAAGGUGCACCUGCUGUCCACGGACCAUGAGGAGGAGGGUGAGCACACGUGGAGGAUCCCCUUUGACCCCAGCCUGAAGGAGGUCACCAUCUCCCUGAGUGGCCCAGGGCCUGAGAUCGAAGUCCGAGACCCGCUGGGGAGGAUCCUGCAGAAGGACGAGGGCCUCAGUGUUCUCCUCAACAUCCCUGACUCAGCCAAGGUCGUGGCCUUUAAGCCUGAGCAUCCGGGGCUCUGGUCCAUCAAGAUCUACAGCAGCGGCCGCCACUCGGUGAGGAUCACAGGCAUCAGCAACAUUGACUUCCGAGCUGGCUUCUCCACUCAGCCCUCCCUGGACCUCAACCACACCAUCGAGUGGCCCCUGCAAGGGAUACCCAUCUCCCUGGUGAUCAAUUCCACGGGCCUGCAGGCACCUGGGUCCCUGGAUUCUGUGGAGCUCUCACACGAGUCAGGGCAGCCCCUCCAGACUCUGCCCAUAUGGCCCCUCUCCAAUGGGUCCAUGCAUCAGCUGUGGGGUGGGCCACCCUUCUACGCCCCCCAGGAACGCUUCUACCUCAAGGUGAAGGGCAAGGACCACGAGGGGAAUCUGCUCCUCCGUGUCUCCGGAGUUUCCUACAGUGGGGUGGCCCCAGGUGCUCCCCUGGUCAGCAUGCCCCCCAGAAUCCACGGCUACCUGCACCAGUCCCUGCUGGUCUCCUGCUCCGUGCACAGUGCCCUCCCCUUCCGGCUACAGCUGUGGCGGGACGGAGCCAGGCUGGGCGAGGAGAGGCACUUUCGGGAGUCAGGAAACAGCAGCUGGGAGAUCCCACGGGCCUCCAAGGCCGAGGCCGGUGCGUACGAGUGCACGGCAGUCAGCAGGGCCGGGGCCGGGCGAGCCAAGGCCCAGAUCGUCGUCACAGACCCUCCACCCCAGCUGGUCCCCGCUGCCAACGUGACUGUGUCUCCGGGGGAGACUGCCAUCCUGUCCUGCCGGGUACUGAGUGAGGUCCCCUACAACCUGACGUGGAUCCGGGACUGGCGAGUCCUAUCGUCCUCGACGGGCAGAGUCACCCAGCUGGCCGACCUGUCCCUGGAGGUCAGUGGCAUCAUCCCCAGUGACAGCGGGCGGUACCAGUGCAUGGCCAGCAAUGCCAACGGAGUCACCAGGGCGUCCGUCUGGCUCCUGGUGCGAGAGGCUCCGCAGAUUGGCAUCCACACCAGGUCCCAGCGCUUCUCCCAGGGCACAGAGGUGAGAGUCAGCUGCUCAGCCUCGGGGUACCCCACGCCCCACAUCUCCUGGAGCCGUGAGGGCCACGCCCUGCAGGAGGACAGCAGAAUCCGUGUGGAUGCCCAGGGAACCCUGAUCAUUCAGGAAGUGGCCCCAGAGGAUGCUGGGAAUUACACCUGCCAGGCUGCUAAUGAGGUUGGCACAGACGAGGAGAUGGUCACCCUCUACUAUACAGAUCCGCCGGCAGUUACCCCCGCCAGUGCCCUGGUGCUCGCCACAGUUGGGGAGGAGGCUGUGCUGGUGUGUGAGGCGUCUGGGGUGCCCCAGCCCCGGGUCAUCUGGUAUCGAGGGGAUCUUGAGAUGAUUCUGGCUCCCGAGGGCUCCGGCGCUGGGACGCUGCGGAUCCCGGUGGCCCAGGAGAGGGAUGCUGGCAUCUAUACCUGCCGAGCUGUCAAUGAGUUGGGCGAUGCCUCGGCGGAAAUCCGGCUGGAGGUUGGACAUGCACCCCAGCUGGUGGAGCUGCCCCAGAACGUCACUGUGGAGCUAGGGAGGAGUGCCCUGCUGGCAUGCCGGGUUAUGGGACGCCCUGCCCCGACGGUCACCUGGCAUCGUGGAGAUGGCCAGCCCCUGGAGGCUGGGCAGGGCAGCAAGACUGGGCAACCCCAUUCAGGAGUGCUGUUCUUUGAAAGCGUGGUCCCUGAAGACCAGGCUCCCUACGUCUGCAAGGCUCGCAAUGUCUUUGGGGAGGUCCAGGCAGAGGCGCAGCUGGUGGUGACUGGCCACGGCCCCCCCCAGAUCGCCAGCAGUGCCCCCACCAUCCGGGUGCUGGAGGGGCAGCCUGUGUCCCUGCCCUGCGUCAUCCUGGCUGGGAGACCCCACCCGGAGAGGCGCUGGCUCAAGGCUGGCCUGCCCCUGCCACCUGGAAGCCGGCAUUCUGUCCGAAUGGACGGCAGCCUCCACCUUGACCGGGCACUGCGGGAGGACGCGGGGAGGUACCGCUGUGAGGUCACCAACAUGGUCGGCUCUCAGCACAGAGACGUGGAGUUGGUUGUGCAGGUGCCACCUAGAAUCCAAACCACUGCCACCCACUACGUCACCAACGAAGGGGUUCCAGUCUCUCUCCCCUGUGUGGCUGCAGGAAGUCCCACCCCCACCAUCACCUGGACCAAGGAAACCAAUGCCCUGACCUCCAGAGGACCCCACUACAACAUGAGCAAGGAUGGCACCCUGUUCAUCACCAAGCCAUCUGCCCAGGAUGCAGGGGCCUAUGUUUGCACAGCCACCAAUGCCGUGGGCUUCUCCAGCCAGGAGAUGCGGCUUUCUGUCAACACCGAGCCCAGGAUCCGUGUGAAUGGGUCACAUGGUGCAGACAAGCCUCUGAGAGUCACAGCCAAGGUCGGUGAGGAGGUGACCUUGGACUGCGAGGCCCAGGGCUCCCCACCCCCACUGAUCACCUGGACCAAGGACUCCCGCCCUGUGCCGCCCAUCAUGGACAGGCAUCACCUCCUCCCAUCGGGCGCUCUGCAUCUGGCGCAGGCCCAGGUUGAUGACAGCGGCCUCUACAAAUGCAGAGCCAGUAACCCCGCGGGAUCUGCCUCUCAGCACUAUAGCCUCCGGGUGCAAGUGCCCCCUCAGGUGCAGCCGGGCCCGGGGGUCCUGAAGGUGCUGGCGGGAGAGGCUGUGGACCUGAACUGUGCGGCUGAGGGCAGCCCGAAGCCCCGGCUGCACUGGGCCAAGGAUGGCGUGGCCCUGCGGGGCGGGGGGCCAGAGGGCUCCAUCCACUUUGCAGCCAUCCAGACCUCCGACGCCGGGAUGUACCGCUGUGAGGCUUCCAGCAGCGCUGGGGUGGACGCCUGGGAGCUGGAGCUCCGGGUGCUGGAGCCUCCGUACUGGGGGACCGAUGAGACAAGUGGCCUGCUAGAGAGAGUGGCGGGAGAGAACGCCAGCCUGCCGUGCCCUGCCAGAGGGAUGCCCAAGCCCCAGGUCACAUGGCGGAAGGGCCCAUCCUCAGAGCCCCUGCGUGACCGGCCGGGCCUGGUGGUGCUGGAUGACGGCUCUCUGUUCCUGGCCACAGUCUCUCCCACUGACGGUGGAGACUACUGGUGCCAGGCCACCAACGAGGCGGGCUCUGUGUCCAGAAGAGCUGAACUGGCAGUCUACGUGUCCCCUAGCAUCCGGGAGGACAGGCGCAGGGCCAAUGUGUCAGGCAUGGUGGGGCAGUCACUGACGCUGGAGUGUGACGCAAAUGGCUUUCCAGCCCCUGAGAUCGUGUGGCUCAAGAAUGGGCAGCCGAUCCCAGAGGCAGACAGCCGCCACCUCCUAGAUGGGGCUCGGGCCCUCCACUUCCCCAGGAUCCAGGAGGGUGAUGCUGGCCUCUACUCCUGCCGGGCGGAGAACCAGGCCGGGACGGCUCAGAGAGACUUCAAUCUCCUCGUGCUCAUUCCCCCUUUCGUGCUUGGAGCCGGGGCUGCCCAGGAGGUGCUGGGCCUAGCUAGUGAGGAGGUGGAGCUGGAAUGUCGGACCUCAGGGAUCCCCACGCCCCAAGUGGAAUGGACCAAGGAUGGGCAGCCUGUCCCACUGGGGGACCCUCACGUCCAGCUCCAGGACAGCGGCCAGGUGCUCAGAAUCCCCAGCAGUCACCUGGGGGAUGAGGGGCGGUACCAGUGCGUGGCCUUCAGCCCAGCCGGCCAGCAAGCCAAGGACUUCCGGCUCAGAGUGCACUCAUCUCCCACCAUCUGGGGCUCCAACGAGACCAGUGAGGUGGCUGUCAUGGAGGGCCACCCAGUGCGGUUCCUGUGCGAAGCCCGAGGAGUGCCUGCUCCUGACAUCACCUGGUUCAAGGACGGGGCCCCCCUCCCUCCCAGCAUCGAGGCCGUCUACACCAGGGGUGGCCGGCAGCUGCAGCUGGGGAGAGCCCAGGGCUCGGAUGCCGGCAUCUACACCUGCAAGGCCAGCAAUUCUGCGGGGACCACAGAGAAGGCCACCAGGCUGGAGGUGUAUGUCCCACCUACUAUUGAGGGCACUGGUGGAGGGCCUCAUAGGGUGAAGGCCAUAGCCGGGAGGCCCUUGGCACUGGAGUGUGUGGUCAGAGGCCACCCGCCCCCAACCCUCUCCUGGCACCACGAGGGGCUGCCGGUGGUGGAGAGCAACGGGACGUGGCUGGAGGCCGGUGGCAGCGUGCUGAGCCUGGAGAGCCUGGGGGCGGCAUCUGGAGGCCUGUACAGCUGUGUGGCCAGUGGGCCCGCUGGGGAAGCCGUGCGGCAGUACUCCGUGGAGGUGCAGGUCCCUCCGCAGCUCCUGGUGGCUGAAGGCUUGGGACAGGUGACCACCCUGGUGGGACAGACCCUGGAACUUCCCUGCCAGGCCUCAGGAGCUCCCGUGCCCACAAUCCAGUGGCUGCAGAACGGCCACCCAGCUGAGGAGCUGUCUGGGGUGCGGGUGGCCUCGCAGGGGGCUACCCUGCACAUCGACCACGUGGAGCUGGGCCACGCGGGCCUCUUUGCCUGCCAGGCCACGAACGAGGCAGGCACUGCUGCGGCCGAGGUGGAGCUGUCUGUGCACGAGCUCCCAUCGGUGACCAUCACUGGGGGUGAGAACAUCACAGCCCCUUUCCUGCAGCCUGUGACCCUCCAGUGUGUAGGUACUGGGGUGCCCACACCGAGCCUCCACUGGUGGAAGGAUGGGGUGGCCCUGGUGGCCUCGAGAGGGAACCUGCAGAUCGAGAAGGUGGACCUGAAGGAUGAAGGCGUCUACACUUGUGCCGCCACUAACCUGGCCGGGGAGAGCAAGAGGACUGUGGCUCUCAAGGUUUUGGUGCCCCCCAACAUUGAGCCAGGCCCACUCAGCAAAGCAGUGCUGGAAAAUGCCUCAGUAACCCUGGAGUGUCUGGCUUCGGGUGUGCCACCUCCUGAUGUUUCUUGGUUCAAGGGCCGCCAGUCCAUUUCUUCCCAGAAGGGAGUGGUGGUGUCAGCUGACGGGAGAGCUCUCCACGUCGCGCGAGCCCAGUUUUCUGAUUCGGGGAGCUACCGCUGUGUGGCCUCCAAUGUGGCGGGCAGCACAGAGCGGCAGUAUGGUCUGCGGGUCAAUGUGCCUCCGCGCAUCACACUGCCGCCCAGCCUGCCAGGCCCCGUGCUGCUCAACGCCCCCGUUCGGCUGACCUGUAACGCCACCGGAGCCCCCAGCCCCACACUGAUGUGGCUGAAGGAUGGAAACCCCGUGUCCACUGCAGGGACCUCCGGCCUCCAGGUGUUCCCUGGGGGCAGGGUCCUCACCCUGGCCCGUGCCCGGGCCUCAGACGCCGGCAGCUACUCCUGUGUGGCCGUGAGUGCAGUGGGCGAGGACCGCCGGGACGUCUUCCUGCACGUCCACAGUGAGUCUCGGGUUCCGGAGGCUGCCUGGUCCAGACUAUGGGUCAUUUCUGCUUUUGGCCAGGUGGACAGAGCAGAGGUGAGGGAUGCAGGCCGCUAUACCUGUGAGGUGCUGGAUCGGGCGGGCCGCUCAGAGAAACACUACAACCUGAACGUCUGGGUUCCUCCAGCGUUCCCCUCGCCGGAGCCCCGCACCCUGACCGUGACCAAGGGGUACCCCGCCAGGCUGUCCUGCGAGUGUUGGGGCAUCCCCUUCCCCAGGAUCUCCUGGAGAAAGGACGGUCAGCCCCUGCCCGAGGAGGGGCCAGGCCUUGAGCAGGUGUCGGCUGUGGGGCGGCUGCUAUACCUGGGACAGGCCCAGCCGGCCCAGGAGGGAACAUACACCUGCGAGUGCAGCAACGUGGCAGGAAAUAGCAGCCAGGACCAGCAGCUGGAGGUGCAUGUUCCCGCUCAGAUCACCAGCCCUCAGGAGCCCCACCCGCAGGUCUCCGUGGUCCAGGACGGGGAGGCCACUCUGCAGUGCGAUGUCACAGGGAAGCCCCCGCCCAGGGUGACGUGGGAGCGGGACGGCCAGCCGGUGGGGCCCCAGCCUGGCCUGCAGCUGAAGGACCAGGGUCGGAAACUGCAUGUGGAGCGGGCUCAGGCUGCCCACGCUGGACUCUACAGCUGCGUGGCCGAGAACGUGGCCGGGAGGGCGGAGAGGAGGUUUGCGCUCUCCGUGCUGGUUCCCCCAGAGCUCAUCGGAGACUUGGGCCCUCUGACCAAUGUCACUGCUGCCUUGCACAGCCCCUUGACGCUGCUCUGUGAAACCACAGGCAUCCCACCCCCCAGGGUCCGCUGGUUCCGAGGGGAGGAGCCCAUCAGCCCUGGGGAGGACACCUACCUCUUGGCAGGUGGCUGGAUGCUGAAGAUGACUCGGGCACAGGAGCGAGACAGGGGCCUCUACUCAUGCCUGGCAAGCAACGAGGCUGGCGAGGCGCGGAGGAACUUCAGCGUGGAGGUCCUGGUUCCUCCCAGUAUCGAGAAUGAGGACGUGGAGGAGGCAGUCAAGGUCCCCGAGGGGCAGACAGCCCACCUGAUGUGCAAUGCCACAGGCCACCCACAGCCCAAGGUCACAUGGUUCAAGGACAGCCAGCGCCUGGCUGCCGGGGACGCCCACCUCAUCUCUCCAGACGGAGCCCUCCUGCAGGUCCUCCAGGCCAACCUGUCAAGUGCCGGCCACUACUCCUGCAUCGCAGCCAACGCCGCGGGGGAGAAGACCAAACACUUGCAGCUAAGCGUCCUGGUGGUUCCCACCAUCCUGGGACUGACCGAGGACAGUGCAGAUGAGGAGGUGACUGUGACCAUCAGUAACCCCAUUUCUCUGAUCUGCGAGGCGCUGGCCUUCCCCUCCCCCACCGUCACCUGGAUGAAGGAUGGGGCCCCGUUUGAGCCCUCAAACAACAUCCAGCUGCUCCCAGGCACCCACGGGCUGCAGAUCCUAAAUGCCCAGAAGGAAGAUGCGGGCCAGUACACCUGUGUGGUCACCAACGAGCUUGGGGAGGCUGUGAAGAACUACCACGUGGAAGUCCUCAUACCCCCUUCCAUCUCCAAAGACGACCCCUUGGGGGAGGUCAGCGUGAAGGAAGUGAAGACCAAGGUCAACAGUACCUUGACCCUGGAGUGUGAGUGCUGGGCUGUGCCCCCACCCACCAUCAGCUGGUACAAGGAUGGCCGGCCCGUGGCCCCCAACGAGCGGCUCCACCUCCUGGGUGAAGGGCGGCUGCUCCAGAUCCGGCCCACACAGGUGGCGGAUUCAGGGCGAUACCUGUGUGUGGCCACCAACGUGGCUGGCGAGGAUGACCAGGACUUCAACGUGCUCAUCCAGGUGCCCCCCAUGUUCCAGAAGGUGGGUGAUGCCAGUGCAGACUUCGAGAUGCUGUCCCAGGAGGAAGAGGCCCGGGGUGGAGUGAUGGAAUACCGUGAGAUCGUGGAGAACAACCCCACCUACCUGUACUGUGACCCUGAUUCAGUCCCACCCCCAGAGCUCACCUGGUACAGGGAGGACCAGCCCCUCUUGGCCACCGACGGGGUGUCUGUUCUGCAAGGAGGGCGGGUCCUGCAGAUCCCCCAGGUACGGGCGGAGGAUGCCGGGAGGUACUCGUGCAAGGCCUCCAAUGAGGUGGGCGAGGACUGGCUGCACUACGAGCUGCAGGUGCUGACCCCACCUGUGAUCCUGGGGGACACCGAGGAGCUGGUGGAGGAAGUGACAGUCAAUGCCAACAGCACCGUCAACCUACAGUGCCCGGCCCUGGGCAACCCCCUGCCCACCGUCUCAUGGCUCCAGAACGGGCUGCCUGUCUCCCCGAGCCCGCGGCUGCAGGUCCUGGAGGACGGACAGGUCUUGCAGGUUUCCACUGCAGAGGUGGCUGACGCUGCCAGCUACAUGUGUGUGGCCGAGAACCCAGCAGGCUCUGCAGAGAAGCUCUUCACCCUCAGGGUGCAAGUCCCACCACGAAUCACAGGUCUGAACUCGGAGCAGGUCACUGCCAUCCUCAAUAGCAGCAUCUCCCUCCCCUGUGAUGUCCACGCUCACCCAAGCCCUGAGGUCGCUUGGUAUAAGGACGGCCAGGCCCUCUCCUUGGGAGAAGGGGUCUUCUUCCUACCUGGCACCCACACACUGCAGCUGGCACGAGCACAGCCAUCAGAUUCUGGGAUGUACAUGUGUGAGGCCCUCAAUGCCGCCGGCCGAGACCAGAAGCUGGUGCAGCUUAGCGUGCUCGCUCCCCCCACCUUCAGGCAGCCCUUCAGGGGCCCCAGGAAUGUGGUCCCGGUGCGGGCUGGGGACAAGGCAGUCCUGGACUGCGAGACAGACUCGAUCCCUGAGCCGGCUGUGACCUGGUACAAGGAUGGGCAGCCCCUGGUCCUAGCACAGCAGACCCCGUCUCUGCCAGGGGGUCAGAGGCUAGAGAUCCAAGACACCCAGGUGUCAGAUAAAGGUUUAUACAGCUGUAAAGUCAUCAAUGCAGCUGGGGAGGCCAUGCGGACAUUCAUCCUCAGUGUCCAGGUGCCCCCAACAUUUGAGAACCCCAAGACAGAGACAGUGAGCCAGGUGGCUGGGAGCCCUCUGGUGCUGAGCUGCGACGUGACCGGGGUCCCUGCACCUACUGUCACUUGGCUCAAGGACAGAAUGCCUGUUGAGAGCAGCGUGGCACACGGUGUGGUCUCCCGGGGGGGCCGUCUCCAGCUGAGUCGCCUGCAGCCAGGGCAGGCUGGCACCUACACAUGCGUAGCUGAGAACACCCAAGCCGAGGCCCGCAAGGACUUUGUGGUGGCCGUACUAGUGGCUCCCCAGAUCCGGAGCUCAGGCAUCACGCAGGAGCACAGCGUCCUGGAGGGGCAGGAGGUGCGGCUGGACUGCGAGGCUGACGGGCAUCCGACCCCCGACGUGGCCUGGCUGAAGGACGGUGGCCCACUGGGCCAGGGCAUGGGCCCCCACCUCCGGUUCUACCUGGACGGCAGCUCCCUGGUGCUGAAGGGCCUGAGGGCCUCCGACUCGGGUGCCUACACCUGCGUGGCCCACAACGCGGCUGGAGAGGAUGCCAGGCUGCACACUGUGAAUGUGCUGGUUCCUCCCACCAUCGAGCAGGGGACAGAGGGCACAGGGACCCUGGUGAGCCAGCCUGGGGGGCUGGUGACCAUGGCGUGCCCCGUCCGGGGCUCCCCACCCAUCCAUGUGAGCUGGCUCAAGGAUGGCCUGCCCCUCCCGCUCUCCCAGCGCACCCGCCUGCACAGCUCUGGCCGCACCCUCAGGAUCUCCCAGGUGCAGUUGGCAGAUUCUGGCAUCUUCGCCUGUGUGGCUGCAAGCCCAGCUGGCGUGGCUGACAGAAACUUCACCUUGCAGGUGCAUGUGCCCCCAGUCCUGGAGCCCGUGGAGUUCCAGAAUGACGUGGCAGUGGUCCGGGGCUCCCCGGUGGUCCUCCCCUGUGAAGCCCAGGGCAGCCCCCCGCCCCGAGUGUCGUGGAUGAAGGAUGGUGAACCCUUGUUCCAGGGCCUCGAACAGGGGCCCAGCCUGCAGCUGCAGACGGUGGGAGCUGGUGACUCGGGCACCUACUCCUGCGUGGCCGUGAGCGAGGCGGGGGAAGCGAGGAGGCAGUUCCGGCUGACGGUGAUGGAUCCCCCCCAUAUCGAGGACUCGGACCAGACUGCAGAGCUGUCACUGACCCCUGGCACACCCUUGGAGCUCCACUGCGAUGCCCAGGGCACCCCCCAACCCAACAUCACCUGGCAUAAAGACGGGCAAGCCCUGAGCAGGCCUGAGGACAGCAACAGGGCCGGGCAGGCCCUCCGGGUGGAGGGCGUGCAGGUGGGUGAUGCUGGGCUAUACACUUGUCUGGCCCAGAGUCCUGCUGGCCAAGUCGAAAAGAGCUUCCGGGUCAGAGUUCAAGCCCCCCCACAUGUCAUUGGGCCCCGAGGCCCCCGCUCUGUGGUUGGCCUGGCCCCGGGGCAGCUGGUUCUGGAGUGCUCAGUGGAAGCAGAGCCAGCGCCUGAGAUCGAGUGGCACCGAGAUGGCAUCCUGCUGCAGGCGGACACCCACACCCAGUUCCCAGACCAAGGCAGGUUCCUCCAGCUGCAGGCCCUGAGCACAGCCGACAGCGGCGACUACAGCUGCACAGCCCGCAAUGCCGCAGGCAGCACCAGUGUGGCCUUCCGCGUGGAGAUCCACACGGUGCCCACCAUCCGGCCGGGACCACCUGCAGUGAAUGCCUCCGUGAGCCAGACGGCCCUGCUGCCCUGCCAGGCGGACGGGGCCCCACUGCCCCUUGUGAGCUGGCAGAAGGACGGGGUCCCCGUGGAUGCUGGGAGCCCCAGGUUGCAGGUUCUGCCCGAGGGUUCCCUGAGGAUCCAGCCAGUCCUUGUCCAGGAUGCUGGCCACUACUUCUGCCUGGCAUCCAACUCUGCGGGCUCCGAUCGACAGGGCCGUGAGCUCCAAGUCUUUGAGCCUCCAGCCAUUGCCCCCAGCCCCUCCAACCUGACCCUGACUGCCCACACCCCCGCCUUGCUUCCCUGUGAGGCCAGCGGCUCCCCCAGGCCCCGCGUGGUCUGGUGGAAGGACAGACAGAAGCUGGACUUCCGCUUGCAGCAGGGUGCCUACAGGCUCCUGCCCUCCGACGCCCUGCUCCUCACAGCCCCCGGCCCCCAGGACUCAGCCCAGUUUGAGUGUGUGGCGAGCAAUGAGGUGGGCGAGGCCCGCAGGCUCUACAGGGUGACCGUCCAUGUGCCUCCCACCAUCGCUGACGACCAGACAGACUUCACUGUGACCAAGAUGGCACCUGUGGUCCUCACCUGCCACAGCACGGGCGUGCCGGCCCCCGUCGUGUCCUGGAGCAAGGCGGGUACCCAGCUGGGGGUGCGAGGGAGCGGCUAUCGUGUCUCAUCUUCAGGAGCCCUGGAGAUUGGGCAGGCCCUCCCCAUCCACACUGGGCGCUACACCUGCACAGCCCGCAACUCCGUGGGCAUGGCCCACAAGCAGGUGGUCCUCACUGUGCAAGCUGCCCCCGUGGUGAAACCACUGCCCAGUGUGGUUCGGGUGGUCGUGGCAGAAGAGGUGCGACUGCCUUGCGAGGCCUCAGGCCUUCCCCGGCCAAGCAUCACCUGGCAGAAGGAGGGGCUCAGCGUCCCUGCAGGUCCAGGACUGAGCAUGCAGGUCCUAGCCAGCGGACAGCUGCGGAUUAUCCAUGCCAGCCCAGAGGAUGCCGGCAACUAUUUCUGCAUUGCCCAAAACAGUGUGGGCAGUGCUGUGGGGAAAACGAGGCUGGUGGUGCAAGUCCCGCCCUCAAUUGAGACUGGCCUCCCUGACCUGUCCGCCACUGAGGGCACCCACGCCCUCCUGCCCUGCACGGCCAGAGGCAGUCCUGAGCCCCACAUCACCUGGGAAAAAGAUGGCCAGCCUGUGUCUGGAGCUGUGGGGAAGUUUACCGUCCUGCCUUCCGGGGAGCUGCUGGUUAAGAACUCAGAGAGACGGGAUGCUGGAACCUACAUCUGCACGGCUGAGAACCCUGUGGGCCGCGCCCGCCGCCGCACGCACCUCACCAUCCUGGCGCUGCCCGUCUUCACCACCCUGCCUGGGGACCGAAGCCUACACCUUGGGGACAGGCUGUGGCUUCGUUGUGCUGCCCGGGGCAGCCCCACCCCCCGCAUUGGCUGGACCAUCAACGACCGGCCAGUCACAGAAGGGGUAUCUGAACAGGACGGGGGCAGCACACUGCAGCGGGUGGCCGUCACCAGAGAGGACAGCGGGACCUAUGUCUGCUGGGCGGAGAACAGAGUGGGCCGCGUGCAGACAGUCAGCUUCAUCCACGUGAAGGAGGCUCCCGUCCUAGAAGGGGAGGCCUUCUCCUACCUGGUGGAAUCUGUGGGGGGCAGCGUCCGGCUGGACUGUGUGGUCCAUGGAAACCCAACGCCUGACAUUCGUUGGAUCAAAGAUGGCCUCCCAUUGCGGAGCACCCACCUCCGACACCAGCUGCAGAACGGCUCACUGACCAUCCGCAGGACCGAGAUGGAUGACGCAGGACAGUACCAGUGUCUGGCGGAGAAUGAGAUGGGUGCCACGGAGAAAGUGGUGAUGCUCGUGCUGCAGAGUGCCCCCGUAUUCCAAGUGGAGCCCCAGGACGUGACAGUGAGAUCUGGGGACAAUGUGGCCCUGCAGUGCCAGGCCAAAGGAGAGCCGGAGCCCACAGUGGAGUGGCUGCGGGCCGGCCAGCCCUUGCAGGCCAGCCGGCGGCUCCGGACCCUGCCUGACGGGAGCCUGUGGCUCCAGCGAGCGGAGGCUGGGGACACGGGCACAUAUGAGUGCGUCGCUCACAACCUCCUGGGCUCUGCCACAGCCCAGGCGUUCCUGGCCGUGAGAGGGGAGCCCCGGGGGAGCCGGGGCAGUAUGACCGGGGUAAUCAAUGGCCAUGAACUUGGGGCGGCCACCCUCAACACCAGUGUACAACAGGAGGCACGGUCUGGGGUCACCACCAUCCGGAGCAGCAUCAGCCACAUCCCUACAAGUGUGGGGCCUCUGAUGCGUGUGCUCGUGGUCACCAUCGCCCCCAUCUACUGGACCCUGGCCGGAGAGAGCGGAGAUGCCCUGAAUGGCCACUCCCUGACAGGUGGCAGGUUUCGGCAGGAGUCACACGUGGAGUUUGCCACAGGGGAGCUGCUCAGGAUGACGCAGGUGGCCCACGGCCUGGAUCCCGAUGGCCUUCUGCUCCUCGAUGUGGUGGUCAGUGGCGUCGUCCCCAAGAGCCUGGCUGACGCAGACCUUCAAGUGCAGGACUUCCGGGAGCAAUAUGUGCAGGUGGGGCCCGGCCGGCUCUUUGUGGGCUCCACGCAGCGCUUCCUGCAAGACAGCCUCCCGGGGCUGCUGCGCUGCAACCACAGCAUCCAGUAUGACGUGGCCCAGGGCCCCCAGCCACGGCUGGUGCAGCACCUGCAUGCCUCAGGCAUCAGCUCGGCCUUUGACCCCAAGGCCGAGGCCCUGCGCUUCCAGCUCACCACAGCCCUGCAGGCUGAAGAGAAUGAAGACAGCUGCCCAGAGGGCUUUGAGCUGGACACCCAGGGAGAGUUUUGUGUGGACAGGGAUGAGUGCUCUGACGGCCCCAGCCCCUGCUCCCACUCCUGUCACAAUGCACCUGGCCGCUUCUCCUGCUCCUGUCCGGCUGGCUUCGCCCUGGCCAGGGACGGCAGGAGCUGCAGAGAUGUGGAUGAGUGUGCGUGGGAUGCCCACCUUUGCCAAGAAGGACAGCGCUGUGUGAACCUGCUUGGGACCUACCACUGCCUCCCGGACUGCAGGCCUGGCUUCCGGGUGGCUGCUGACGGGGCCGGCUGUGAAGAUGUGGACGAGUGUCUGGAGCAGGUGCACGAGUGUCACUACAACCAGAUCUGUGAGAACACUCCAGGCGGGUACCGCUGCGGCUGCCCCAGGGGCUACCGGAUCCAGGGCCCGGGCCUGCCCUGCCUAGAUAUCAACGAGUGCCUCCAACUGCCCAGGGCCUGUGCCUACCAGUGCCACAAUCUGCAGGGUAGCUACCGCUGCCUGUGCCCACCGGGCCAGGUCCUCUCUCGCGAUGGCAGGACCUGCACCCUUCUGGAGUGGAGUGGACAAAAUGUGACCACCAUCAGCCACCGGGGCCCCUUGAUGCCCUGGCUGCGGCCCCGUGCCCCCAUCCCCAGCGGCUCCUACCGUGCCUGGGUCUCCCUCCGGCCAGGCCUUGGAGCCCUGAGCGGUGCAGGCCGGGCCUGGUGCCCCCUUGGCUUCAUCCGGCAGAAUGGCGUCUGCUCAGACCUGGACGAGUGCCGGGUGAGGAACCUGUGCCAGCACACCUGCCAAAACACUGAGGGCAGCUACCAGUGCCUCUGUCCCGCCGGCUACCGCCUCCUCCCCAGUGGGAAGAACUGCCAAGACGUCAAUGAGUGUGUGGAGGAUGGCAUCGAGUGUGGGCCCAGCCAGAUGUGCUUCAACACCCGAGGCAGCUACCAGUGUGUGGACACGCCAUGUCCUGCCACCUACCGGCAGGGCUCCAGCCCAGGGACAUGCUUCCGGCGCUGCUCGCAGGACUGCGGCACGGGCGGCCCCUCCACGCUGCAGUACAGGCUGCUCCCGCUGCCCCUGGGCGUGCGCGCCCACCACGACGUGGCCCGCCUCGCCGCCUUCUCCGAGGCCGGCGUCCCCGCCAACCGCACGGAGCUCAGCGUGCUCGAGCCCGACCCGCGCAGCCCUUUCGCGCUGCGCCGGCUGCGUGCGGGCCAAGGCGCUGUCUACACCCGCCGCGCGCUCACCCGCUCUGGCCUCUACCGGCUCACUGUGCGCGCCGCAGCGCCACGCCACCAAAACGUCUUCGUCCUGCUCAUCAACGUGUCGCCCUACCCCUACUGAGGGGUGCGGUCGUUGACAGCAGCAUUUGGGCCAGUGACUCCCAGGGAUGGGGGAUAGGGAGGAGCCGGCCCAACCCCCACGGUCCUAGUGGCCCUUACCCACACCACCUGUCCUCGCAAACAAUGUCAUCUCAUGCCUCCGUGCGUCACCAUCCCAGGCACUUCAGCAAACAUAACCCUGCAUGCAGCCUUGACCCCAGGGCAGCUCCCCUCCACUCCCAGCCCCCUGGGGUGCAGCUCUGCAGUCAAGUAAGGCUGCCCUGAGGCGGCAAGCCUGCAAGCAGGGCUGGGGUGAAGCCUACAUGUCUGAUGGGCUCCUCCAGGUUUGCCCCAAGCCCCAGAGCGGUCUGGACUGGGACACAGCUCACCAGGACGCUCGAGGGGAGGGGCAGACUCCGUGGGGUGGCAGCAGCUGUCACCAGCCCACACCUGGCACGGUUGUCCUGAAUUCAGCAUGCGUGUGUAUGUAUAAUAUAAAAAUGUUUGCUUUUAACCAA